AAUUGAAAUCGUUUUUCCCCGGACACACCUUUGAAUUACCUAAGAACUGUUCAUUGCAGUGCAAUUCUCCCAACAUGAGGAAAUCAUUCGAGUAACAGGCUCAAUGUGCUGGAAUUCAUGGCCGCCGCAUCUUUUCUGCUUUUGUCAUCUUUUAAGGAUAUGUAACCUGUGGUACAUUUCUGUACAGUAAUGGGGCAAUAAAAGUUAAGAGCCGGGUCAAUAAAAAAGAAGUGCCAUUGACAUUUAUGGGACAUUAUGAUUCGUUUUUCUGAUGUUCCAACAAUGACAUGACUACACCUUUCUUACAAUGGAGCUCAUAAAAUGUGGGAGAGUUUACUGCUGUUUUAUUUCCUCUGCAGGGUUUAAAUAGUGAGAGCAGCCCAAGUCGCCUUGCACUUGUCCCUCCUGCCACUGAGACUUCGAAUCCCACGGAAGACUUGGAAACAUGGACCUGCAGGCUUGCCUAGAGAAUGCCACGCACUGCAAUGGCACCUCCUGUCUGGUGCCACCUGACAACUUCAACGAAAUUCUGAGCCUGGUUCUCAGCAUCGUGCUGACGGUGAUGCUGGCCAUUGUCAUGUUUGCCAUGGGCUGCACUGUGGAAGCGAGCAAGCUGUGGGCACACAUUAGGAGGCCAUGGGGCAUCUUUGUGGGCUUCCUCUGCCAGUUUGGCAUCAUGCCACUGACCGCCUUCCUCUUGUCCCUCGCCUUCCAAGUGCAUCCCGUUCAGGCCAUCGUCAUCAUGAUCAUGGGCUGCUGCCCUGGGGGAUCGAGCUCCAAUAUCAUCGCCUAUUGGUUGGAUGGCGACAUGGACCUGAGCAUAAGCAUGACGGCAUGUUCUACGAUCCUGGCGAUGGGAAUGAUGCCUCUGUGUCUUUUUAUUUACACUAAAAUGUGGACAGACAACGACAUCCAAAUCCCAUAUGAAAGUAUAGGCAUCACGUUAGUGACCCUCCUGAUUCCUGUUGCCUUGGGAAUGUAUGUGAAGCACAGGUUUCCAAAGAAGGCAAAGAUCAUACUUAAGACUGGCUCUAUCGUGGGGGUGUGCUUGAUUGUGAUCAUCGCCAUCGUCGGAGGAGUGCUCUAUCAGUCUUCGUGGGUUAUCGCUCCAUCUUUGUGGAUUAUCGGCACAAUAUAUCCGGCCAUAGGCUUCGCCCUCGGAUUUCUGCUAGCGCGCAUAGUCGGCCUGCCGAGCUACAGGGCUCGUACCGUAGCAUUGGAGACGGGUUUCCAGAAUUCCCAGUUAUGUAGCACCAUUGUCCAGCUGUCAUUUAGCCUGGAGGAGCUGGAGAUCAUGUUCAGUUUCCCACUCAUCUACAGCAUCUUCCAGAUAGUCUUCGCUGGUGUGGCAGUUGGAGGUUAUCAGCUUUACAAGAGAAAGUGUGCUAAAGUACAAGACUGCGAGAAGGAGCUGCCUCAGGAUGCAUUGGGGUCAAAGGUCGGCGAGUGCAACGACGGCUUCAUCAUGGAUGGCACUUUGAUGAGCACCAAGAACACCGCGCUCUGAAACAGCGGAAGAAGUGCAGCUGUAACACAGGAGGGUGUCGGGAGAAGGGGAGGACCGCUCAAAAGGCCCGCUUCCCGCAGGACCCCAAACCCAAAUGUUUAUUUUCUAGUGUCACCAAAUGCCAUCGGUAAGGGUGGUGAAGGUGGCGUGAAACUCUUAAGAUCAUCUUGUUUUAGAAGAGCACGUCAGAGAGCCGGAUGUGGUGUUGGCGCAAUGUGGGCCACACACGGGGGGCUUUACGAGGCGGGAGGGGCAUAGCCGCCCCAGAGAACCACUCCAAGAAAAUCGCACUACUGUUAACAAACGAAGGACAAAUCUUAUAAAAAGAUUUAUUUAAGACUUGUAAUGUACGUAGUUUGUGUCAAAAGCAGACAUGUUGGACCUGUAGUUACCAUGAAGAAUUUAUCCACCUUGUAUUGUAAAUUAUUAUAUAUUAUUUUUAUUAUUAAUAUUAUUGUGUCUUGUACAAAAUAUAAAAUAAACCAAUCCAACAAGUAAUUUAAAACACAA